UUCAUCCUAUUGACCCCCUACCUGACGAUCGCUGCCCAACAUGUUUAAGGUCAGAAAUCGUCUAGGUUAUUUUUGCUUGGCGUAGAAUGUGAGUCGUCCGAAGCCAAGAGGAAGCAAUUGAUUUGACCGCUGAGGUCUGACUGUCGAUCAGCCAUCCUUCUUCAGAUGGUAAGCAAAAAUACGAGGUGGGCGUUGCGCAUACAAGGACAGAAAGAAUCGAUCCGUCACCGACCCAUCAUCUCGCUUCAAAAAGCGCAAAGCCAGGCAGUCAUCAAGACUAGGGAAUGAUAUCUGCCUCAGGCGUCAACAUCACUGCAAUCCUGAUGACAAAGACGUUCGCCGUUUCGAUCGAAAGACCAUUGCCCCGGGAAAAAAGCGGUACUCACUGACGCACUAAUCACCACCCGACAGUUCCCAUCCGUUCCCAUCCGUACCCAUCCGUACCCAUCCGUACCCACUUCUGAAAUCUUCCGUUCUUUUCCCAAUCACGGAUCGUCACCUCUCUCUCAGCUCAGUGUCAAUCUGACAAACGUCCUGCACGAGCAUGCGUCACCACCCGCCUCGAAUGUAGGAUAAAUGACUCCCAGCGAGACUACCAUCGUGCGUUGAAGAGGAUCCCGUUUCUCCUAGAAGGAACGCACAAGUCCCACCGCGGGUGAGGCCACAAGAGUAAUCCCAACGACAGGCCCUGCCAUUUGCAAUCGCAUUUGUGACCCUGGACGACUCGUUAAAAGGCGCCACGCACCCGGUCAGAACAAGUAGGGUGACAUUCAAGCCCACAGACCCAGUCUAGACCUCUAUACGUACCCCUAGGGUGCCGUUUUGCGAGAAUUGGGAUUUGUGCCUGCAGUCCGUAGAACCAAAGAAAGAAAAACCUCCAUCGCAAAAGCUGUUCAUCGAGGGGAGGAGCGACCGGGCCCAUAGCUGCCCUUUUUCCCCUUGAGAAAGAGCGCGGCAACUUCCCUAUAUUAUCCCCUACCACCUUCUGGACUUCACGUACCUUCUUCCUAUGCCACCGGUUAAUCACACUCCCGCCCCCCGCAGUUCGCAACGCUCGAAGUACUGCUUCUGUUCUGGCUGCUGCUCACCUGCACCCCACCUUACCUUCUCCUCCCUUCGCAACGAGACAACCUCUGAAGAAAACCACACCACGAUCGCCAUCGCUAUUCCUGCGCCUCAACCGGCAGGAUGGCUUCCGCUCCCCCUGUCUUGGCCCUAGAAGUCGCCCUCAAAGCCAUCCCAGACCACAAGGCUCCUGGCAUUACGGGCACUCGCAUUGCUGCAAUGACCAGCAUUUGUGUUGACAACGUUCAGGUAACGUCGCGCACCCACUUAUGGGCACCCCCCCCAUCUGGGCACCCCACUUACCACCUAUUGUAAC